AUGUGCGUCGCGGGGUGCACCGAGCAGGGCUGCUUCGUUGCUGACCGGCUCAGCGUCAUUGUCAACCCCGAAGCGCUGGCCGAGCUGGACAACGAGUUGGGUGCGAUCACGUUGCCGCCUCCCGGCUCGCCCGACCUCGUCCGGGAAGGCACUCGGGCCGGCUGGAUCCGCUCCAGGAGCACCACCCUUCCGCUCGACAUGGCACACCCACCUGCAGACCCGAGCAACAACCACACAGUCGGACAGCUCGCCUGGGCGCACAACAUCGCCUUGAGCCCGACUUCGACAACAACGACAACUCCGGCCCUCGCGACGGCGACGGCGACGCUUAGGUCGUACGAAGUCGACGAGACGGUGGCCUUCGAAUCGCCGUUGUCACCUCGUCACCAUGGCCACGGCCACGGACGCGGUCUCGGCCUCAGCGACGAAGCCGGCAGUCCGUUGCCGGGGCAGCUGCAGAUGCACAUGGUCAGCUACGAAGGCACCAGACGCAAGUUCUACAUCAACGCGCGUCUGAUGCGCUCACGGCAACGGCAGGCGCGCCACCGGCGUCGUGUGGCUCGGCUCAUCGCUCAAGUCGCCCGGCGACAGCAGGUCCGCCAGCAGUACCGGCGCAAGCAACCGCUUAAGGAGCCACGAGUUCUACUCGCCGAGCAGUACGCCCGCCUCUUCUCGCGCCCCGCCGGGCUCGUCUCUUCCUCCGGCCGCACACUCAGCCUCCCGACGGGUCCGGGCUCGAGUCCCGCCUGGCGGCCGUGCGCGGCCGCCUCGCCGCUCGACACACUCACAGCCGGCGACCUCGGCUCCAGCUCCAGCGACGAGACCGACGUGCCGCUCAUCUGCUGGAAGGACAUAGACCAGGAGCUGGAGCUGCGCUCGCUCGAGAGCAGCUGCUCCAGUCGAGACGCGCCUCGCCUCGACGACGACGCAUCGCCUUCUCUCAUCUUCGUCAGCGAGCCCGCCAACCAGCCGGAACUGGCAGCUCACGCCAAUGUCGACGCCGACCAGACGCCCAGCAUGACGCGCUCGAACCUCGUCUUCGCACGCAAUCAUGCCACCAUGACAACUCACCGUCUGGCCAACGAGAGCUACGAACAGGUCAGUCUGCCCGAGGACUGUCUGAUCUACACCAACCGACUGCACGACGUCGAGCCGACGGGACUCGCAGCGGGGCAGGCGCCGGCCGCGGAUGAGGUGGUGGUGAACCGGGCCCUGUUGGCCGGACACGAGGCCAUCUCCAGCUCUCUCGCCAGCAGCCAGGCCGGCUUCGCGACGACCAGUUGCCAUGGUCGAGAGGCCAAAGGAUCCAGCCUACACACGCCAGGCUACUCGAUGCCGUUGGGCGGCUGGCCGUCGACUGCGCUGCCCCAAUUGCUGGGCCGAUCGCGUCUCUCCAUCGCCUCGUCGCUGGGCGACGUGAACAGUGACGUCUUCGUCCGCCUCAGCUACUACUCACACCAGAGCAGCCGGUCGCAAGUGGACGAAGAGCUCUCCUUUUUCAGCUUCAACGACCAGUUCACGGCCAGCCUCAUCUCCGACAUCUCAGCCGUCACGGUCCCCAUCAGUCUGUCGCUAGCCAUAAUGACAACGUACAUUCUCAUCGGCGCCAUCGUCUUCUCCAUCUGGGAAGACAAGGACUACCUCAAAUGGUCGUACUUCUGCUUCGUCACCUUGUCCACCAUCGGCUUCGGUGACAUUGUGCCAGGUGGGCCGAUCACAGUUCACCCUUUUACCUUCUCUCUGACUUCUAAGCCUGCCGCAGGGCAUUGA